GAAGUAGCAGCGAUCCGUUGCGCCACAAUCCGUCUUUCCUCCCUUCACAAAAAUCCACUUGCUGAUUACUACGCGAAUCAAUCUAUCCAGGAGACGCAACAACUAAUGCUCAUCGCGACCAGGAGUGUGCAUUGCAUUUAUCGCCGGUAGCUCGAAUCUUAACCCGCUACGGCAAUUUAACGAGCCUGUAGUGAUCCAGUAAUUUUGACAGAAGCAUGUCCUGGCGCCCUUAUCGGUGACCGCACGGCGACCCAUGGCCGUCCUUAGCGCUUAUACGCGCGUGGCGCUGCUCCUCGUCCUGUCCACAAACCUUGCUUUUAUCGCCGCCCAAGCUCACGCCUGCUCCGUGUCCCCCCACGCAGAUGGCGCCGACCCCAGCCCUGUGUAUGCCGCCAAUCCCUCCUCGCCAUGGACUAGCAUAAGCUCUGACCACCUGAAGGAGCUACAGUACACGACGCGGGAGGUGAUGACGCACCUUAGCAAGGCGGCGGGCCUUACGCAGGUCGCGGCUGUGCUGCUGAAACAGGAGAGCUGCCACCUCCGCCUCUUGGCGUCCGGCCAGGCGCUUCAGAACGCCGCGAUCCUGCUGAGGCAGCGAGAGAAGGAUUUAAUCGUGGGGCAGAUUGACAACGCGCUCGCCACGAUUGGAAAGGUCAGGGGGUCACUAGAGCCUGCGUUCCAUCGACCCGCUAUGGACUACCUCGAUGGUGCGCUAAGAGUGGCUGAUGCUGCUCGCUGUUCGUUCGUGGAUAGAAGAAAAAGGCGGUUUGCUUAAACCGUGGGGUAAGGAAGCCAAAUGCAGGCCUAAUACGCUCUUUUGUAGGCGGGGUAGUUCAUACUUUCUUUUGAGCAAGUUUUUGGUAUCGUUAAACCUAAGAGAGAACGCAUAAGACAUGUAACAUAUAUCUGAUAAGCAACAUUUAGGAAUUGAGUGUAGCAUAGGGGUUCGUUUUCAUGACUACAGAAAGAUCCAACAUUA